AAUCGUCCAAAAUGUAGCGUAAUGCCGGUUUCUGAGUUAUGCUUUUGUGUGAAUUGAAUUCCCAGGAGAAUACUGAAAAACAUCAUCAUUGUCUCGCACUCGGAAGGAUGAUAAUUCAUUCCUACCGACGUAGAAAUGGAAUGUGAAACGAGUCCAUUACCUGGACCAUCAAGUGCGGUUCCUUUGAUCUCCUGUGCAGCUAGUGUAGCUAGUUUAGGAAGCACUGGCAGUGGAGCGGAUCACGCCGCUAAGAAAGCAGAAAUGGUAGCAACAUUACAAGCAAGGCGAGCUCAGCUUGAAGCAAAGCUGGCCGCCAAAAAUGAAGAGCUCAAAAUCUUGUGCAUUCAAGAGGCAGAUCUCACAGGUGUCUUACCUCCUGAAAUACCUUUGGAGCCAGGAGAGACUCCUCCAACACUACGAAGGAGAGUGGGUACUUCAUUUACUCUUCCAGAAAGUUUGCUCAACAAACUUCGUUCCACAGAGGAGGAGUCUGUAGCAGCUGUGGAGCUAGAAAUGAAAAUCCAAACUGGCAUAGCUGAAGCAGCACUGGGACUUGCUAAUGACUCAUCUGCAAAUAAGCAAGUGCGCCGGAAGCACAGACUGAUGUACCAGCAGAGCCAGAGGAGACUGCAAGAUCUAGAAACAAAGUUGAACAACUUGAAAGAGAAACAAGCAGCUCAAGAAGCACAAGCUGAAGCUGCAUCUUCUUGUGCACAGCCUCAGCAGCCAACACAACAGCAACACAUUGCAUAUCACCAACAGCUUCAACAACAGCAGCAAAACCAAUUGAAGCACAGGAAAAAGCCUCGACCCCCUGUUGAAAAUGAAUCUGAUGUGGCUGAAGUUGAUGGCAUGUUACACGCGGGUGGCAUAAGUCUAUCUCCUUUAGGUCAAAUGGACCGUGAAAUUAGAGAUGGGCGAUUGAGCUCAGCAUUAACAGCGAGCACAAAUACUGUAGGCCUGCCUCUGCAACCUGCGACAAGCCACAGGCACAGCAGCUAUCGUUACUCGACCAUUGAUUCUUCUUGGAGUGUUGAGCCAGACCGUUUAAGUACAAGAAGAGAAGUCCAAACUGGUCCUAAUACAGGGUCAAACUAUUGGAAUUCUGCUUCUAGACAAGAAAUACCAAGUCCAGGUAGCUCUCGCUAUUCAAGCUCUCGGUAUCCAACAGGAGUACCUGUGGAAAUUGAUGAUAGCUUAAGACCUGCGAAUCAGCGCUGGAAAAGAGAUAGGUCAAUGAUGGGGAUGUCAAGGUUUGGAAGCUUAGACCGAAGAAGGGCUGGGGCUGCAAAUGCUGCAAACAACAGCUCAAGUUCUACAGUGAACAACAUAGAUGAAGUGGAAACUGGUGUACCUGCUCUUUUGCCCAGUCAGACUUAUCCUGAACAUAGUUUAGGACAUAGCCUUGUCAGAACACAAUCUUUAGGCAGUGUGGAAGCCACAAGACCUAGAAACUUGAAUUCUGACAGAGACCCAUCCAGAGAUGGAUCCCAAUCUAUUGAUCGCAAACCAAAGGAAAAGGAGUGGUAUGAAACAUCCUUAGAUGUGGCCCCCAUCUUGUCGCCACAGGGAUCGCAAGGAGAAUCCCAUAAUCAGCAUAGUCACCCUCCUCUGCAAGCUUCCCUCUCUCACCCCCCUCCCCACUCUCACCUGUACCAAUCUCACCCUCAACUGCAUCAUGCACCUCAUCAGUCUCCCCCCCUCCCUCUCUCCCAGUCCCACUCUCACACUCACUUAUCUCAGGCUGCUGCACCUGUCCACAUGCCAGCCCAUCACAAUCAUCACUCCCACCACAGUCAGAACCAAGGAUCCUUUCCACCUUCAAUACCGCAGUCCCAGUCUCACCCCAUGCUGCACUCGCAGCCCCACCACAAUCCACCGCAAGUACCACCUCAUCCGCAGCUACACCCAAAGCUGAGUGCAACACAAUCCGUGUCCCAUUUAACUGUCCACAUUCCUCCAGCCAAGCCACAUCCCCCACCCCCACCCCCCCACCAGUAUGCCUCGUCUCAGCCUCCGGCCAUCCCCCCACAUGGCGCUCAGUCUUCUGCUGCGCCUCCACUUCCCCCCCAUUCGUCCAUGCACUCCCCUGCCCAGCCCCAUCCACCGCCUCUACCCCCUUCCCACUCCUCUCUGCAUCACUCUCCUCAACUGCCGCCCCAGCUUCCUCCACACACUCCAGGUCACAUGACGUUGCAUUCUUCGCAUGCAUCCUUGCAAAUGCCUCACCCUCCGCAGGCUGCUCCAAGGCAUGGUCCGCCAGAGGUGCCUCCCCACAUUCCGCCGCAUGCUCCUCAUGCUCAACACCACCUGCCGCAUUCGCACCCCCCACCUCUGCCACCCUCCGCCUCUUCCUCUGCUUCCCACCCCCCACUCUCACCCCAAUCAGAUGAUGGGCCUCUGUCUCCUCCACCUCACGUACCUCUUGAGUCUCCCAAAAACCACAUGGUUGUUCAAGCAGGAUCGUGGCAGCCUUAUCGAGAGGUAACAAAACCGUUUGAGAUGUCUGACUUCUACAAGUACAGCACAAAGUUUCGGAAGCAGAUGCCACCACCCACUCCUAGCCCAUCGGUAAUUUUGUCACCUGAUGGUGCACCACAGUCCCCUCAGUCUCCUCAGCAACAAAAGGGGGUGUACACUCCUUUGCAGCCUCUCACUUGUCAACCUGUGGAGCCAGUGCGUCCUCCUGGAAGUGGAGCACCAGCUGAUGCCAGCUUUGGCAGUCCUGCAGCAAACUCAGAAUCCUUGGCUGAUGCCUUCUCCAAUGAAAUGCUUGCAUGGUUUCAAGACCAGCGAACACCUCAGCCUCCUCCAGCACCUGCCCCGGCUGGGCCGCCCCCGCGAUCCGCAACCCUAGUGUGAGUUAAGACUUCAUGCUGCUGUCUCGAUUAAGUUUUAAAUGCAACCAGUUACCUGCCUCAUUUACGGUCUGUACUUAUCUUUACUCAUGAUAGUCUUCUCUGUAUAGUUUCCAAUUUGUUUUGGAAGUCAUCAGAGCCUUUUUAUUUGUGUGGAUGAAGCAAAUUGAACUGGUUGGAUUUUUUACUUGGCUGUGUACCAUGUUCUAUUCAAACAAAGCCUGAAAGGGGUAGUCAUUUGUUUUAAAUGACCCUAACAUUGAAGGUUUAAAUUUUUAUUGUGUAUUCCUUGUCUAAAGGAAGAUGUUAAAAUUUGAUGAAUAUGUUGGUAUGACUGACAUACCUUGACUGUCAAAAGUAAUCAUAUCUCAAAUUGAACGUCAAGACAUGUUCACCCAAACCUCUCAGGACAAAUACUCAAUGUUGAUGUUUUCUAUUUUGUAACUUCAUGGGACCAAUACUCAAUGUUGAUGUUAUUAUGUUAAUCUUUUGACCAGUACAUGAAAUGCUCUCUACUUGAGAAUUUAUUAAAAUACUCAUGAGAUACCAUUUGCAUGAAAAGUGAAAUAUUAUUGUAUUUACUUGAAUGACCAGUUUGUCUUUUUUCUACUUAUUUGUAUAUUGUGUGUGCACCUCAGAAUCGAACUCUUGCCUUGAGGUGUCACACAAAACUUUUAUCUACUUACAUAUUAGGUAAUCAAAGUGCAAUUUAUGUCUAUGUGAUUGAUUAAAAUUCCUUUCUACAAGAUCCUAUUUUAGGGAAUUUGUCUUGUUUUGUGUAAUGUCAGUUGACUGUUAGUCUUGUAGAUAAUGUAGUGCUAUCUUGUGGUUUGUCCAAGAUCUCCAGAAUUAAAAAAUGAUUUCUAUGGAAUAAAGUUUAUCAUGACAAUAAAUCAUGUACUUUUUUAAAUUAAAAGAAAUGAUUCCCAUUUUAAGGGAAGCUAAUAUUUAUUUAUGGGGAUAAUAAAUGCUCCACUUCGUUCGUGAUUGAAAAUUUUUGUACUCCUUUUUCUUAACAAAAGUGCCUUUAGCAUGUUAUCUGAGUUUUAGGAAUUUUGUAAGCAGCCCGGUGCCCAUUGAAAUGAAAUGUAGAUAAUUUAAUUUGUGAUUUUCAAGACAUGUUUUAUUUGUUACAACAACUUACAUUUUGCUGUAUGAAAUGUAUCUUGUCUUGCUCUGGAUAAUUGACGUUUUACCAAGGCUUGCCAAGCAAUUCAUGAACCUCUUAACAGUGAGUGUGUAAAACUGCACUUAUCCUCAUUCCUCUCUUUGAUAAAACAUUGACUGCAUUCCUCUCUUUGAUAGACAUUGACUGCGGAGCAAUUUCACAUGUAUGAAAAUGUGACCAUGUGUAUGAUGAUCUUGCACUCAAUGGAUUUAGGCCAUAUCUUUUCUCUUUAGAGAAUCUACUUCUUGCUUGUGAUUUGACAACGAUUUGAGAUCUCAAUCUUUCCUAUUCCACAGUCUGCCUUGUGCCACUUUCUCACUCCAAGACUGCUUCAAUUUCUUCCCACACUAAAAUCUGUUCUAAUGACUGUACUGAGUAACCUGUAAAGUGCCUUCUUGUGUGUUUGAAAUAUAUUUGUAAAAUAUAACUAGUUUUUCAAAUAUUAUCUUAUAUUUAUGAAAUUUUGAGGAUGGUUAUUAUUAGGAGUUUAAGAUGAGUCUGAGAACCAACAGUGUCUUUUCAUUUCAGAAUGUGCCUGGUGUAUUGGUACUACAGUUAAGUUUUUCACUUAAAUGGAUUAGUGUAGGUUCAUGUUUAUGAAUUAGUAGAUUUAAGGCAUUUGGAAAGUACAAAAAUGUUUUCUUUUUGGCUCGUUAGUCACUUAUAUUCCUUAUGUUCAAAAGUGUCCACCAGCUCCAAUUUUGUAAAUACAUGACAGACCAAAUUCCAUUUCCAAGUAAUGUAUAGUUAACGGAGUUGGUGCACUCCAUAUUUGUCUGGUUUUUCCUCAGUUUCUUCUUUGAAUUGGAAUAAAAUUGGUUUCUGCCAAGUCUUUUCUAAAA